AUGCCCUGGAACGUCAGCGACAGCCGAGGCGCAGGGGAACCGCUGUGGGGCUCGCUACGACCGUGUGAUGAGCAUCACUGCUGCCUUGCUUUCCGGGCGCUGGUGCAGGUGACCGCGGUGUACCAUGGCCUGUUCGCCCUGGGUGUGACGGGUGUGACCGUGCUGCUGAUCGGGCGCUACCGUGACAUGAGGAUGGGCGGCAAGGCGGUGUCCGAUCUGUUUAUUUCGCUGAGGCUAGCGUUCCACCUGUACCGCCCGUGGCACUUGAGACCCUGGAAGUUCGGAGCGCUUCUCUGUCGCCAGCCUCUCUGCUUGGUCAAGGUCUGCAUCUACGUCACGCUGCUGCACGUGACCGCACUCAGCGUCGAGCGUUGCUGGGCAAUCAGCCGCUUGCUGCGAGCGCAGGUCCUCCGAGAGCCCACCGCCGUGCUCUCAGCUGGAUUCAAACCCUCGCUCCGGGUCCCUCUGACCCUCGGGUCCUCGUGGACACCGGCGCUGUUUCCUCCGUCUUUCGGAACCGAGGCUGCGGAAGCUGCAGCACUGUUCAGCCGCGAGUGCCUCCCAGACCCCGCACAGCUAGAGGUGCCGACGGUCACGCUGUGGGUCACCACUGCCUACUUCUUCCUGCCCUUCCUGGGCUUCAGCAUCCUUUGAGGGCUCAUGGGACUUUGUUGGGUGCCUUUCCUAGUUGGCAUCAUUUACAUAAACUAAAGGAUGGUGCACUACUCUCAAUACUUUCCUAUUGUCGCUCUGCAGCUCUUCUAUCUGAGCGCAUCCAUCAGCCCCACCCUCUACGACCUCAUUUCCAAGAAGUACAGACCAGCUGUCUAGAGACUGCUUCUGGCAAGAGAGCCCAGGCUCGCCGCGGGUGGGGAGGUGGGGGCGGAGUCUGUGGAAGAGGAGACACUGGGAAGAAUCCCGAAGAUACUGCGGAUCUCCACAAAGAAGAUGCCUAACCAUAGCAAAAGCAGUCCUGGGACUUGGCAAACACAGGACUAUAGGGAAACCUGA